AGUUUUUUCCGACACCCCGCAAAAUAUGCCAUUUCCGAUACACUAAGAUAUAUAAAAUGAUGUAAAUUUCCAUAUAUAGAGUUAAAGUUAUAAAUGAUUUUAUAUAUAUUAUAUUAUAGGUUAAUUUAAGUCAGGUCAUUAUGCUUUCCCCAAUAUACCUUGACGAUUUCAUAAAGAAACACAAUAUUACUAGCUCUGCAUCAUCUAGUUCAUCUAAUCCCGUAAGUGUUCCGAAGACUCAAAUAGCUUAUGGAUAUGUUGAAGGAGAACCAACUAUUCAAAAAUUUACUAAUUAUCCUGUUCCAACUCCUAAAUCUAAUGAAGUACUUUUAAAAAUUGAAGCUGCUGGUUUAUGUAUGAGUGACCCUCAUGUUCUUAUUAAAGGUCCAAUUGUUUCAUUAAAUGAACCACCAGCAAAGAAAUUUGUAAUGGGACAUGAAAUCGCCGGUCUGAUUGCUCUGGUUGGUGAUGGUUUAAAAGAUGAUCCACGAUAUCAAAUUGGUUCAAGAUAUGCAUUAUCAAUCUCAGUAGCUUGUGGUACUUGUGAUACUUGUCGUACUGGUCGUGAUAGUGUUUGUUAUGGUAAUACUCUGGCUUAUGGAUUAAACAGAGAUGGUGGAUUCCAACAAUAUUUAUUAAUUGAUAAUUUAAGAAGUCUUCUUCCAAUUCCAGAAGGUGUUAGUUAUGCUGAUGCUGCUGUUGCUUCUGAUUCUGUAUUGACACCUUACCAUGCAAUUCAAAAGAUCAGACAUUUACUUCAACCAACAGCAAAAGUGCUUGUGGUUUGUCUUGGUGGAUUAGGUAUGAAUGGUGUUCAAGUAUUAAAGAAUUAUGGUUGUAAGAUUGUCGCUAGUGAUGUAAAGGCAGAAUUAGGUCCAAUUGCUUUAGCUAGUGGAGCUCAUGAAUUUUAUACUGAUGUAUUUGAAAGUGAUCAUGCACAAGAAUCAUUCGAUGUAGUUAUGGAUUUCGUAGGAAUUCAACCAACUUCUGAUGUAUGUCAGAGAUUUGUUAAAUUACAAGGGAAAUAUCUUACUGUUGGUCUUGGAAGAUCAAAACUUUUCCUUCAAAAUUAUGAAUUAGCUCGUCGUGAAAUUGAUGUUAUCUUUUCAUUUGGAGGUAAUAGUCAAGAACAAAUUGAUUGUAUGAAAUGGGUUGCUGCUGGAAAAAUAAAACCAUUAACUACAAUUGCAAAAUUAUCAGAAGUUCCAUAUUAUUUGGAUCAAUUAGUUCAAGGAAAAGUUCAAGGACGUAUUGUUUUUGAGCCAAAUUCUGAAGAAAAUAUAAAGGCAAAGUUAUAAGGUAUAUAGGAGUUAUGUAACGAGUAUUUAAUACUAUAACAUUUAACAAUUAACCCAGUAG